AUAUUUUAUGUAGUUACAGGUGCCAUAUUUUAAGAAGAAUAUUGAUGAUACAAACUCGGACAAGAUGGAAUGCGUUCAGAAAGGCAACCCAGGCUCUGCCCUGACAGCAGCAAGGGCUCCGGCAGCACCUGGGUGUGCUCUGGCAGGUCUUUGGGCAGCAGACCGCAAUGCUGAAGGCCAAGAUCCUCUUUGUGGGGCCCUGUGAGAGUGGAAAAACCUUUUGGGCCAACUUCCUGACAAAAUCUUCUGACAUCGCCAAAUACAACCCAACCCAAGGAAUGAGGAUCCUGGAAUUUGAGAACCCAUAUGUUACCAGCAACAACAAAUGCAUGGGGUGUGAAUCUGAGCUCUGGGAUUGUGGUGGCGAUCCAAUGUUUGAGUCUUGCUGGCCAGCCCUGAUGAGGGACUCUUAUGGGGUGGUGAUCAUCUUCAAUGCUGACAUCCCAAGCCACCUGAAGGAAACUGAGAUGUGGUAUUCCUGCUUCGUCCAGCAGCAGUUUUUACAGGAUACUCAAUAUCUGUUGAGUGCACACCAUAAACCAGGCUCUGGAAGUGACAAAGCAAACCCAGCUUUGGCGCCAUCCUUGAACAAGCUGAAGCUGGUGCACUCAAAUCUUAAGGAUGACCGGAAGAGAUCAGGAUGGAGUUCAUGA